AUGGCGCUGUCCCCGGGGCCUGGCCUGCUUCGGUUCAUCUUCCGCCGUCAACUCGGUCGUCACGGCCGCCCCCCGCGCAGAAGCCUCGGGGUCGCCUCCAGAGGAGGCAAGAGAGGCAGCAAAGACGUGGGCCUGGUUCCCAGCAUCUUGCCCACACUGCACUUCCAGGACAGCCUGCCCAGAUUACCCAUUCCCAGACUUGAAAACUCGAUCGCAAGAUACCUGAGAGCACAGGAACCUCUGUUAACUGCAGAUCAAUUCAGGAGAACAACAGCAUUUUCCCAUGACUUUCAGCAUGGCCUCGGCAGAGAGCUGCACGACAUGCUGAUUUUUCAGGAUCAGCACAGUCAGCACACUAGCUAUAUUUCAGAUAUAUGGCUGAAUUCUUAUCUAGGCCGACGCAAUCCACCUGCGUUUAACAUGAACGUAGGCUUGGCUUUCCAACCAGACCCCAAAGCAGAGUAUAACGACCAGCUCACACGUGCCACCAACAUGACCGUCUCAAUCAUCCGGUUCCUGAGGGCCUUCAGAACUCACACACUGGAGCCCGAGAUGCUGUACCUCUACCCAGAAAGGACUGACACUGAGCUCUUCAAGAAGUUCAUCCGCUGGAUCCCCAAGUCAUUUGUGUGCCAGAUGGCCACCAUGUUUAAUGCCUACCCCAUGGACAUGUCCCAGAACUUCAGGCUCUUCAGUACAAGCCGGCUGCCCAAGUUUGCACGGGAUAUACUUCUCACAGACGAGAGGGCCAAGCACCUGCUGGUGCUAAGGAAUGGGAACUUUUAUAUCUUUAAUAUCCUACGAAGCAAUGGGACCAUGAUCCAGACCUCAGAAAUCCAUGCUAACCUCAAGUACAUACUCUCUGACGAGAGCCCCAUGCCUGACUUUCCUUUGGCAUAUCUGACAACUGAGAAACGGGACACAUGGGCACAGCUAAGGCAAGAACUCCUGGCCAAUGGCAACCAAGAAGCCUUAAAGAAGGUGGAAACGGCCAUCUUCAGUCUGUGCCUAGAUGACCUGCUCGUGCAGGAUGCUGACCAUUUCACUCAGAUCAUGCUCUAUGGCAAUGGGCAUAACCGCUGGUUCGAUAAGUCCUUCAACCUGAUCCUGACCAACGACGGCUCGGCAGCCAUCAACUUUGAGCACUCGUGGGGCGAUGUCAUGACCGUCCUGCGCUUCAUGAAGGAGGUGUUCCAAGACAGCAUGAAGGCCCCCGCCAUCGGGCCCCUGGAGGGCCCCAUGGCCACCAAUGCCUCCAGAGCCGUGAAGAAGCUCCAUUUCCACCUGAACGACUCCUUGAGGGCGGGCAUCACAAACGCCAGAGCCAACUACAACGCAGCAGUGCGAACCUUCUCAGUCAAGCUGGUGCGGUUUAAGGAGGGCAAGUGCUUCCUGAAGCAGGAGGGUGUGAGCCCCGACGCCAUGAUCCAUCUCGCCUUUCAGAUGGCGUUCCUUGGGCUCUGUGGUCAAAUGGUGUCCUCCUAUGAGCCAUGCAGCACAGCUGCCUUCAAGCAUGGCCGGACGGAGGUGAUUCGCUCCACCUCCAUUCAUACCAAGAAAUGCUCCCUGGCUUUCCAGGAGCCCUCCAAGCACAGUGUAGCUGAACUCAGAGACAUGCUGUCCAAGUGCUCCACCUACCAUGUCCAGCUGAUCAAGGAAGCUACCAGAGGUCAAGGGUUUGACAGACACUUGCUUGCUCUUCGGAUCUUGGCUGACUCCAAAAAAGGCUAUUUGCCUGAUAUCUUUUUAGAUUCUGCCUACGAUCAACUCAAUCACAGCCUCAUCUUCUCCAGGCAUCUGUCCAACCCGACAUUGAAUUUCGGGGCUUCUAUGCCCAUAGUCCCCGAUGGCUUUGGGAUCACAUACUUGAUCCAAGAUGACUGCAUCAUCUUCAAUGUCACCUCGUGCUCUGAUUACAACAUCCAGGACUUCAUCCAGAGCCUCAAAAUUAGCCUGGAAAAGAUUAUAGCUGUUUUAAAAGGCAAGCCCAUUACACAUUAG